ACAAAAACAACAACAACAAAAACAACAACAAAAAUUUUCAUUGAAUUUUUCAAUGUUAAUUAUUAUUAACAACAUUAUAAAUUACAUAAAUGCCUCCAAUUAUUGUAAAAAUUUGUGUACUUGGCUGUACUGGUGUUGGUAAAACAAAAUUAAUUAAACAAUUUAUUUAUAAUUAUUAUGAUGAUGAUCAAUAUGAAUCGACAAAUUUAUUGGCUGCCAUCAAUAAAGAUAAUAUUUAUAAUUGUACAAUAAUGUUUAAUGGUAAUCUUUAUCAAUUAAAAAUUAUUGAUAUGCCUGCAAUUAGAAAAUUUCCUUCCAAUAUAACAAAUGAAUGGUUAUUAUAUCAACAAUGUCAUCUUUAUAAUGCAAAUGCAUUUAUAUUUUGUUUUGAUUUAAAUCAACCAUUAACAUUUAAUUAUAUUAAAUCAUUACGUGAUCAACUUUAUGAAUGUCGUAAUAUGCAAAAUAUACCAAUAUGGAUUGUUGGAACAAAAGCUGAUCUUUCAUUAAAUAUUUUAGCACAAAUGCGUUCACAUCAUCAUCAUCAUCAUCAUCAUCAUCAUUAUCAUCAUCUUCAACAUGAUCAUCAUCAACAACAUCAUGCACAGCAUCGUUUUACAACGCAUCAAUCACAUCGUUCAAUAUUACAUCCAACAAUAUUAUCCAAUCAAAUUUAUUCACCAUAUGAAGAUAUACAACCAGCAUUAAAAGAAUUUUCAAAUCAAAUACGUAAACAAUGGAAAUGUAAUUAUCUAGAAUGUUCAGCUAAAUAUAAUUGGCAUAUUGUAACUAUAUUUCGUGAAUUAUUAAAAACUAUUGAUCCAAUUAUGAUGGCUGAAGUUAUAUCAUCUGGUCAACAACAACAACAUCAACCAACAACGUCCAAUAUUUCAAGUACAAUAAUGGCCAGUAGUGCUAAAGAUCAAUCUACUACAACAAAUGUAGCAAUUAUUAAAUUAAAUAAUACACCACCAUCAAGAACAAUAUCACCAAUUGGUGUUGGUGGUGGUGGUGAUUUGUUGGCAGCUACCGCAACAACAACAACAACAUCCUCUAGACGUCAUUCACAAGCUAGCAAUAGAAUAUGUCAAAUUUCUUAACGAUAAAUACUCAUCUUAUCUAUUUCUUUCAUCUAUUUUGAAUGUGC